CGCUGGAUAGUCUGCUCCCUCGCCGCCCGGCUCCGCCCGCGCCGCCGCCUUCUGCGCCUCCUUCUCCGCCUUCGCCGCAGUGACGAGGAAUGGCAGACUCGGCUGGCCCAAGCGGUGGCCCAGGCGUGCCACCCUCGUUCGCGUCUGGCACCGCCGACGUUAAUGCGGCCCUCUCCUCGGCGACGGUCGGGCUUGUGAGCAAGGCAGAGUUUACGCGCAGGCGGGAGGAGCUGGAGAAAGCGGCGGAGCCGGCCGAUGAGAAGAAGAAGAAGAAGUCGAAGAAGAAGAAGGGGGCGGCGGCGAGCACGCUCUCUUUUGCCGAAGACGAGGGGGAGGAGGGGGAGGAGGAGGUGGUCAAGCGCCCAAAGCUGGGAAAGAACCCUUCGGUCGACACCGGCUUCCUCCCGGACCGGGAGCGCGAGGCGGCGGCGGAGGCCAAGAAGGCGGCGCUGGCGGCGGAGUGGCAGGCGGAGCAGGACCGGGUGAAGGCGGAGGAGAUUGGCGUCACAUACUCCUUUUGGGACGGGCGCGGCCACCGGUACGAGACCAAGGUGAAGAAGGGCUGGACGAUCGAGACCUUCCUCAACAAGUGCCGCGAGCAGGUCAAGGAGCUGCGCAACUGCUCGCCGGGCGACCUGAUGUACGUCAAGGAGGACCUGAUCCUGCCCCACUCGACCUCGUUCUACGACCUUAUCGUCAACAAGGCGCGAGGCAAGUCGGGGCCUCUCUUCCAGUUCGACGUGCACGACGACGUGCGGCUGGGGCCUGUGGACUCGCGGGUGGAGAAGGACGAGAGCCACGCGGGCAAGGUGAUGGAGAAGCGGCUGUACGAGCGGAAUAAGGAGAAGUUCCCGUACUCGCGCUUCGAGGUGUACGACCCGACGAAGAGGUUCGACACAUACACGGUGCACGGCUCGGAGACGUUUGGCGAGGGGGUCGACACAGGCGGCGUGGGCAUCCUCAGGCCCGAGCGAUGAGAGUGACGGUGCGGUGCACCGGGGCGUGCGUGCGUGCGCGUGUGUGCGCGCGGUAACGUCCCGACAAUACAUGUAAACGGUCAAA